CAAGCUAGGCUAUCACUAUCUGCGAGCGAGCCGCAGGUGACGUCACGUGGACUGAGCCAAUCGGAAGCGGUCAGCCUGUGACAGCUGACGCUCGGCGGCUCUGACGAAAACACGAGAAUAAUUCCAAGCGUCUCUGUCACUUGGCCUGCGGGGAUUACGUGGAUUACAAAUUACAGUAAUGACGUCUUUUGAUUGAAACGCUGCGUUGCGACGCAGUGCUGAGAUUUUUUCCCCUCCUCAGUCGCCUGUUUACUUUUUAAAGACAUGGAUGCCGAGGGCCCCCGGGCCUUGAGCGACCUCUGCCUGGCCCAGGUGUGCCGGAGCCUGGACUCCCAGUGCAGCAGGCGAGCGGACGGCUCCAUGAGCCUGAGCCGGGCCCCGCUCUUCCCACAGGAGACGGCUGACCAGCUGCUGCAUAGGAUGGUCACUGCAGGGAUACUGAAUGACACAACUGUUGGGAUUUUCCGAGACCGCGAAGUGCUACGCCUGCGCCGGGCCUCCAUCCGCUGCUGUCCAGUGUCUGCGGCAGCUUUCCGUCUGGCCCUCUGCCCCCACCGGCUCCAGGAGCUAGAUGCAUCCUGGGUCCCCGGGGGCAUCAGCGGGGCUAACAUCGUCUCGGGCCUGGCCUCCAACCCGGAGUGCAGGUCCAGCCUGCAGAGGUUGUCCCUCAACGGGCUAUGUCUGGACUGGGAGUCUCUGGACGAGGAUGAAGGGGUCCGAGUGGGCUUCGGCUGUCUGCAGGGACUGCGGACGCUGAACUUGGCCGACACGGACCUGACUGAUGCCGCCCUCGAGGACAUCUGCACUCUCCCUCAGUUGGAGACGCUGGAUGUCUCCUGCAGCGCUGUCUCAGAGCUCACAGCUCUGCUCGGGUGCAAGAACACCCUGAGGUCUUUCAUCGCCCACCGGCUGCGGCAGUUUGAUAUGUCACCUGCCGGGCUGCUCUUGGUCCUCAGCCAGCUUCACGCUCUCCGGCAUCUGGACUUCUCCGACGACCACUUUGCUGUGGGUGACGGUGACGGGGGAGACGGGGAUGAGGCCGCGCGGCAGCUUCUCGAGGGGAGUCCCCGGCUCCUCCCUUCCCUCGUUUCUCUGGACAUCUCUGGGCGGAAGAGAGUCACUGAAGCAGCAGUGCGGGUAUUUGUGGAGGCCAGGAGCGGGUUGGUCUUCCUGGGCCUGCUGGCCACCGGGGUCAGCUCCUGUGAUGUCCUUUCUUCACAGGGAAACCUGAAGGUAACCGGAGAGGCGAAUGAGAACCAGGUGUGCGAGUCCCUGAGAAGGUACAGAGGCCGGGAGUGUUUCGUACGAGAGGCCCUCGUCCAUCUCUACAAUCUAACCACAGACAUUGACAAACCGCGGCCGGAUAUUCUAAAGCUGGUGCUGAGUGGGAUGCAGAGCCACCCCACCUCCCUGCACGUCCACCUGGUGGCCACCGCGUGUGCCUUCAACCUGACCACGCAGGACCUGGUAGAGGCCAUGCCUGUCCGCCUGCUCACCUCCACUGUCACCCAGCUGCUGCACGCCAUGAAGACCUUCCCCAGCCACCAGCAGGUGCAGAAAAACUGUCUGCUGGCCCUCUGCAGUGACUACAUCCUGCAGGACGUCCCCUUUGACAAGUAUCUAGCAGCCACGCUGGUGAUUAACUGGCUGAGCAGCCACGAGGACCCGACCCUUCAGAGGAUGGCCGUGGCCGUCAUCUCCGUUCUGGUGGCCAAGUUGUCCACAGAGCAGACUGCACAGCUCAGCAAGGACGUCUUCAUCAUGAAGCUGCUGGCCAUCGUGCAGCAGAGGGCCAUGGAGGGAGAGGCCGACUCCACUCUGAAGUUUGCCCUGAGUGCCCUGUGGAACCUGACAGACGAGAUGCCCAAUGCGGCCCACAACUUCAUCCAGUGCCAGGGCCUGGAGCUGUAUGAGGAGGUUCUGGAGUCCUACUACACUGAACCUUCCAUUCAACAGAAAGUUCUCGGCCUCCUGAACAACAUAGCAGAGGUGGAGGAGCUGCAGGCAGCCCUACUGGAGGAGGACCUGCUCCAGCACGUCCUCGCCCUCCUGCAGGACCCCCAGGUGGAGGUCGGGGUCCGCUACUUUGCUGGAGGGAUUCUGGCGCAGCUCGUCUCCAGACCAGAGGCCUGGACCCUGGACGAGGAACUCCGCGCCACCAUAGUGAAGGAGCUGCAUACUUCCAUAAUGACGUGGACCUCACUGGAGAGAGAGAUGGUCUCUUACAGGUCGUUCCAGCCAUUCUGCCCUCUGCUCCAGACGUGUCAGCCGUCGGGAGUGCAGCUGUGGGCAGUCUGGGCCGUGCAUCUGGUCUGCAGUCAAAACGCAUCACAUUACAGCCGCAUGUUGGAGAAGGAGGGCGUGACCGAACUUCUGAAGGCUUUGGCUGCACGUCCUGACACACACAGCGAUAUUAGAGGACUAUCGGAGAGCGUCCUGCGAAUGGUAGAGCAACACCAGAGUCACUGGGGGGGCUUCAACGAGCGGAACGGGCCUUGAAGGUGUUUCAAUUUGAUGUAGAUGGAUGUUUCAAUGGUACGUCCCCCCCCCCCCCAAUUCAAUGCUAGGGGAAACACUGUAUAUUUGAUAGAGAAGAGAGUCUAAUAAAUGCUAAUGGUUGUUUCUGUCAUUAUUUAGAUAACGAUGACAGAAACCAAAGAUGCA